UGGUCCAUUUAUAACAAUAAAAUAAAUUGUUUCAAUCAUCCAAGCGAUUGAGCAAAUGUGCAUGAAUUUACACGUCUGCCUACUCUAGAAAUGGUGCUUUAGUGGUCAUUACCAUCAAUACGGAUAUUCUCACAAUAAUCUGGAAAACGUUUCCGCUCUUUCUGUUUUUAUUUUGUUUUCUUUUUACAAGACUCACGUUUCAUCCAUUUUGAACGUCAUCAGUUGUAAAUGUAAAAAAAAAAAAAAAAAAAAAGAAAUUACAUAAGAAACGUUUAUUGCUUUAUCUUUGCACUCCUCUUUGACUGUACUGCAAUGUGUUGUUGGGUUAUGAAAAAAUGAUAACAGACAUUUGUACAGACCUGAAAUAAAUGACCCUACUGCCACGAUGCAUUUCCCCCAAGCUGUGAUGUAACAGGAGGAACAGGAGAAAUACUCAGACAUUUUUUUAUUUUCAAUUUUUAAUUACAUUUAAUUAAAAAUGAACAAUAAAGAAAAAAAACGUCCCUAAUUCUUUAAAUAUCUUUGAAUAAUCCCCAUGGAUUAUUAUUUUUUUUACUUCUAUGUUGAAAUAAUUUUAAAUAUUGGUUUGGAUCCCACAGAUUUCCCACAAAGACACAGAUAUUUUCCCCCAGACAAAGAAAAACAAAGUGCUUGUCGUGUUUAGGCAUGGCCUCCCCCUUUUUUUUUAGAAGUAGGUGUGUCCAAACUAGUGCAUCUAAUAUUGUUUAUCAUGAGGAAAUUAGGUGUUUAUUCAAAGCAUUUUCACAACGUCAAGGUUGUUGCAUUCAGAUGAAAGGUGAAGGCAGAGCAGAGUGUGUAAUCCCUCCAUGCCAAGUCACAGUUAGCAUGGCUAACGGGGAGGCCGCUGUGUUUCCAUGUGGCCGACUGAAACAGUCCCCGCCUUAAAUCCAUCAUUCAAACAAACUCCCACCCCCAUUUCUGCUGUCCUGCCUCUCUUCCCCCUUAUUGUCACGCUGCUCAGCUCUCUCAAACUUCCACUUAUAGGCUCACUCAGUGUCAGAUCAAGGAAGAGCAUUUGUGCUGGUGCCAUUUGUGGAUCUGAAGUGAGCUACAGUUUCCAGUUUUUUCAACAAAAGGGAAACAAAUGUGUUAUGGAAAAGAUCCCUGGUUCAGAGGUCCAGGUCCAGCUGGACUUGGGAACAGCACAUCCUGCACCCUCCAGAGGACAAUGGUCCAACAAAAUUGAGUUCCUCUUGGCUGUGGCAGGACAGAUCAUAGGUCUCGGAAAUGUGUGGAGGUUUCCUUACCUGUGCUACAAAAACGGAGGAGGUGUGUUCUUCAUCCCAUAUAUACUCUUCCUCUUCACUUGUGGCAUUCCCUUGUUUCUGCUGGAGACGGCCCUCGGCCAGUACACCAGCCAGGGAAGCAUCACCUGCUGGAGAAAGAUUUGUCCCUUAUUUGAAGGGAUUGGUUAUGGGAGCCAAGUGGUUGUUUCCUACUCCAGUAUGUACUACAUUAUUAUAUUGGCCUGGGCAUUCCUGUAUCUUUUCUCCUCUUUCAACUCCGAACUUCCCUGGGCGACAUGCAGUAACAGCUGGAACACAGCGAACUGUGUGGAGUUUAAUCAAAAUCCUGAAUAUUUUAACACAACUUUGGCUGAAAAUGCAACAUCACCAGUGAGAGAAUUCUGGGAGAGAAGAAUUUUGAAUAUCACAGGAGACAUCAAUGACUUAGGCAGCAUACGAUGGGAGCUGGCUCUGUGUCUUCUCUUAUCCUGGAUCAUCUGUUACUUCUGUGUGUGGAAGGGAGUGAAGUCUACUGGGAAGGUAGUUUACUUCACUGCUACAUUUCCGUACCUCAUGCUGGCCGUGCUGCUGGUUCGUGGACUCACACUCCCAGGGGCCUUGAAUGGAAUCAAGUUUUACCUUUAUCCAGAUCCAGCUCGUCUUACUGAUCCGCAGGUGUGGAUGGAUGCGGGUACGCAGAUAUUUUACUCCUAUGCUAUUUGCAUUGGUUGUCUUACUGCAUUGGGCAGCUACAAUAAGUACAACAAUAACUGCUACAAGGAUUGUGUGUAUUUGUGCCUGUUGAACAGUGGAACAAGUUUUGUUGCUGGUUUUGCAAUCUUCUCUGUUCUUGGAUUUAUGGCUUUUGAGCAGCAGACUGACAUAUCAAAGGUGGCAGAAUCAGGACCUGGCUUGGCGUUCAUUGCGUAUCCUCGAGCGGUCACCUUGAUGCCUCUCCCUCAGCUUUGGGCGAUAUUCUUCUUCUUGAUGAUCAUCCUGCUCGGCUUGGACAGUCAGUUCGUAGGCCUGGAGGCCCUUGCAACUGCAAUUUCUGACCUACACCCCGCCUUCUUCCAAGUGGGCCAUCGGCGUAAACUUCUCCUUCUCGUCAUCUCUGUGAUCUGUUUCCUCAUCGGGCUUGUGAUGGUGACAGAGGGAGGACUCUACAUCUUUCAGGUGUUUGACUAUUAUGCCUGCAGUGGAAUGACUCUGCUUCUCUUUGCUCUGCUGCAGUCUGUGUGCAUAGCAUGGGUGUACGGUAUUGAUCAGUUUUAUGACAUCAUCGAAGACAUGAUUGGAUACAGACCUAUGUCUGUCAUUAAGUACUGCUUGAAGUAUGUUACCCCGGUGGUCUGCUUGGGAACUUUCAUCUUCUCGUUGGUCAAGUUCACUCCCCUGAAGUUCAACAACAAAAUCGAGUAUCCGUGGUGGGGUUACACACUCGGCUGGUGGUUCACUCUUUCAUCCACUCUGGUUGUUCCGUUAGUGAUGCUGUACAAUCUGUCCGUUACUCCUGGUACACUGCGACAGAGAAUCUCUAUUUUAUGCACUCCGUCUGAAGACCUUCCUCUGACAAAACCAGAGAAGACAGCUCUCGAGUUGCUGAAAAUAUCCUAAUGUCGCCUCAGCAUGGGGUAAAAGGGUAUAUAAACAUCAGAGGACACCAAACUGGCUGUAGGCAGGAUGCAGAAGGCUUUUGAGUAGAGCCCACCCCUCUGUGAGCGCCGCUGCUGCUGAUGGGGUGUGACAAAACAAACGGAUAGGUAACCUAACAUUUACUCACUCUCAACAGUUUAGAAACCUCCAGUUUUUUAAUUGAUCUCAUCAAUGUCAAUACUUUUUCUUUUUUUACUAGUUUUCUUACAGUUACUACUGCAAACAUUUCAAUCAAUUCAAUAUAUUUGUUUUUAAUUUGUGUAAAUUCCUGGCACAUUUUUUUUUAAAUCAGAAAAUGUUUUCAUACAUCGCACAAUAAAGCUAAACUGUCUUCCAAUAUUUUUUUAUCCCAAAGAAAACCUACUAAACAAAGCAUUCAACCCAAAAAAGCACAAUUUAUUAUAAAGAAGGUACAAAACUAAUAAAUAUCAAUGCAGUUGUAUCAAAAGCACAAGUGUGAGUGACAAAAGCUUAAAAAAUGUUCUCCUGGAUUUGCUUCAUAUUUAAUGGUUGUUGUGUGACUCGAGCUGUGAAAACAAAAAGGUUUGUUUGAGCUAAAUGUGUUACCGUUCCAGCUGUCAUUCAUGUGUUUUAUUGAGAUUGCCACAGGUAAGGUGACAAAGUGAAGCAUCUGAUGAGCACAGUGAGGGAAAAAAGGAUCAAUUUACCUCGUUUGAUCCUCACUCUGCUCUGAAAACUCGGCAUGCCACACACUUUAAAAAAAAAAGAAAUAUAUUUUUUUAAAUCUCCAUCUAAUGUUUCUUUAAAGAUAUGUAUAUUUAUAUCCUUAUAUUUAUCCAACAAAUAUCCAGUAACAUGUUCAAAGUUACCAGGUGAUCUACUGUACUGUUUAAAAUAGUUUAUUUAAAAAUGUGCAUCCGUUUUGUAGGUCAAUAUUUUUGUCAUUGUGUAACUUCACAUCUGAUCCCCUUUAAAUCUGUAAAGCAAAGUACUGUUUACAAAGUAUUGUAAAUAUACUGUAUAGUAAGAUUUUUUUUUUAAUUCAAUGCUCUUCAAAUACUUUUUUAAUCAUUCAAUGAAAAAAAUCAUUCGUAAGGAUUUAUUAUUUUCAUUUAAUUUCAUUCUAGGGUGUUAUUAUAUAAAACAUUUCAAUGAUUUCUCUUUGCUGUUUCUUGAAAUAUGAUUAUUAAUAAAAGCACGUGGUAAUGUU